CCUGCCGGAGCGUGUCUCUCUCUUCGCUAAGCGACCGCAGCAGGAUCGGGUUACGCUACGCCCCCUUUGUUUAUUAAACCCGGGUCAGUGCGCCGUUAGCCGGGGGACUACACAAGCUCGCGUUGGAGACCGUCCGCGGGGAAGCGAAUAUCCAUGCCUUGACGAGCGGAUCGAGUGUGAAAUUGCUUUUAAUGGGCAGAAAUCCCGCCCGGCCGGAGCUGUUAAAAUGAUUGAAACAAUGGACACACAGCGUGCCUUGCAGGCGGUGGAGCGGCUCCAGGCCAAGCUGAAGGAGCGGGGGGAGGUGCCCACCGAGGAGAAGCUCAGCUUGCUCAAGUCGGUUCUCCAGAGCCCCCUCUUCCACCAGAUCCUGGCCUUGCAAAAGUCCGUGCAGCAGCUCAAAGAGCAGGGCGGUGGUGAUCGCAUCACAGAAGCGCAACACAACGGCAGCCAUGUGGCACCUUUGGACAUCAGCGAUAGCAAACCCACAUGCGAUCAACUGGAUCAAACUAUUCAGACCAUGGCGCAGGGCCGCUACGUGGCACACGUGGACUUGCAGAAGCCAGCGUCGGGAGGUCUGGGAUUCAGCGUGGUGGGCUUGAAGAGCGAGAACCGAGGGGAGCUCGGCAUCUUCAUCCAGGAGAUCCAAGCGGGAAGUGUGGCGGACAGCGAUGGCAAGUUGAAGGAAGCCGACCAGAUUUUGGCCAUCAACGGUCAGCCACUGGAUCAGACGGUCACCCACCAGCAGGCCAUCGGCAUCCUACAGAGAGCAUCCGAGAAGGUGCAGCUCAUCGUGGCCCGGGGACCCAUACCUCAGCUCUGGCAGCAUGUGGAGACUAUCGAGCUGGUCAACGAUGGCACCGGCCUGGGUUUUGGUAUUGUCGGAGGGAAGACAACCGGCGUUAUUGUGAAAACGAUCCUUCCUGGAGGCAUCGCCGACCAGGACGGCCGCCUGAGAAGCGGCGACCACAUCCUAAGAAUCGGGGACACUGACCUGUACGGGAUGGGCAGCGAGCAGGUGGCGCAGGUGCUGCGGCAGUGCGGCAACCGGGUGAAGCUGGUCAUCACUCGGGGCCACGUGGACGAGAACCCCUCCGUCUCCGCGUCCACGCCGGCGUCGCGCCCCGCGGACAAGGGCGAGGAGAAAGAAGAAGAAGAAGAAGAAGGCGCGUUUGAUGUGAGCCUCAUCAAGAACACUCAGGGGCUGGGCAUCACAAUUGCCGGUUAUGUCGGGGAUAAAAAUGCAGAGCCCUCCGGUAUUUUCGUCAAGAGCAUCACAAAAGACAGCGCUGUAGAUCAAGACGGUCGUAUUCACGUGGGAGACCAGAUAGUGGCUGUGGAUGGCGUGGACAUCCAGGGAUACACCAACCAACAGGCCGUGGAAGUCCUCCGCCACACAGGUCAGGCCGUCCACCUGAAGCUGAUUCGCCGGGGAUUCCGGCCCGACGAGAUUCCACCUGCUGUGGCCCCCGUCGUCACCAUCCUGCCCCCAUCAGCUGCGGUCCUGAAGGAGCUCGACCUGGAGGGACCGCCGGAAAAUUACCAAGAUGAAAAGCAGCUGCAGACAUUGAACGAAGGACCCGCUGUCACGCCGGUUGUAGAUCAGCUGACACAAGAGAAUGAUGGUACAACAACACUGACACCCUUCCAGGAAGAGGAACUUGUAAAAAAGUGGCAAGAGAUUCUGGGCGCAAAUAAUGAAGUCGUCGUGGCUCAAGUGGAGAAAUACAGCGAGAGCAGCGGCCUGGGGAUCAGUCUGGAAGCCAACGGCGGCCAUCACUACAUCCGCUCUGUGCUGCCCGAAGGACCCGUCGGCCGCUGCGCCAAACUAUUCAGUGGGGAUGAACUAGUAGAGGUCAACGGUAUAUCCCUAAUCGGUGAGACCCACAAGGAGGUGGUCCGAAUCUUGAAGGAGCUUCCCCUGUGUGUGUACAUGACAUGCUGCAGACCUGCCCCUCACCUGCAGGCCGACAGUGACACUUCAAACCCACAAGUAGAAGCUUCCUCUGCCGGAUCGCCAUUAGAGCAGAAACAAACACACGACCUGAGUAGCGUCGACGCGGUGGAAACGACGGAGGCGACAAAUGAUCUGACUCCAGAGGCGACGGGGGCUACUUUUGCCAUGUGGGAGCUGGAGAUCCAAAAUAUUGAGCUGGAAAAAGGAGUAGGAGGGUUGGGAUUCAGCAUUCUCGACUACCAGGACCCACUGGACCCGGCAAAAACGGUCAUCGUGAUCCGCUCCCUGGUACCCAACGGCGUGGCCCAGCAGGACGGGCGACUGCUGCCGGGGGACCGACUGAUGUUCGUCAACGACACCAACCUGGAGAGCGCCAGCCUGGAAGACGCUGUCCAAGCUCUCAAGGGGGCUGAGCUGGGCAUGGUGCAGAUCGGGGUGGCCAAACCCCUUCCCGGGAUAAGUGGAGAUUCCUACUCACCGCAGCUUUAUGCUGGGCAGGAAGUCACGUCGCUGUCCACCAUCCGUUCGUUUGACUUCAGCAGUAGUUUACGACAAGACAGGGAUGAAGAUGAACUGCCCGGCGUGGUCCUUUUUCGGGCAGAGCCGGCAUUGGUGGACACCAGCGAAGUGGACGAAAAGGCACUUGAGCGUGCUUAUUAUGGCGAAGAGGACACUUUCCAGGCAUCGAUGAUUGCCCUUCACGGAAGUAGCUCGGACCUGGAAUUCCUGCAUACAUCCACACCCGAGAUUUCAAGUUAUCUCGACUUCGGGCAAGGCGGUUUUGACGAGGACCUAGCCACAGCCGACACCACAAAGGCCUUCGACUCCUUCAGGCCGUUUAAUGACCUCCAGAUCGCACCCAUAAUCCAGCCGGAACCGUCAGAAUUGGUUCAAUGUCACGCAGAAGAGCCCGCCAGCACUUUUGUGGAACAACCAAUCUCCAUGGAGGAGGAUGAGGAAGUCGACACGAGAGCAGACGCCGGCGACCGAGCGGCAAUCUCGGGGAGCAGUUUUGAACGGACGAUCACGGUUGUCAAGGGCAACUCCAGUCUUGGGAUGACGGUGAGCGCCAUGAAAGACGGUCUGGGGAUGCUGAUUCGAAGCAUCAUCCACGGCGGCUCCAUCAGUCGGGAUGGCCGCCUGGGUGUGGGUGACCUCAUCCUGGCCAUUAACGGGGAACCCACCGCCAAGCUGACCAACGCUCAGGCACGCGCCAUGCUGCGCAGGCACUCUCUUAUCGGAUCGGAUAUGGGAUCUGCUUGCUCACCAGAGGAUGAUCUGUGCCCAUUUUAUGUCAUCACGUACGUCCCGGCAGAAUAUCUCGAGGAGUAUAAGAGCAGCGUGGAGCAGAGGGACAAAGACGACGUCUUCUCUGAACCGCCGUUUGUUCCGCCUCCAAAGGAUGUUCCCAACCUUCCCGAGCGGGAGGAUGGUGAGGGUGAGGAGAGUGUGUCUUAUAGCAACUGGAAUCAACCGCGACUAGUGGAGCUCUUCAGACAGCCCAGCAAGUCCCUGGGCAUAAGCAUUGUCGGGGGCCGAGGGAUGGGCAGCCGGCUGAGCAACGGCGAGGUGAUGCGGGGCAUUUUCAUCAAGCACAUCCUGGAGGACAGUCCCGCCGGACACAACGGCACCUUGAAGACCGGAGACAGGAUUGUGGAAGUGGACGGCGUCGAUUUAAGGGACGCCAGUCACGAGGAGGCGGUGGAGGCCAUACGCAGGGCAGGCAAUCCCGUGUCCUUCCUGGUGCAGAGUAUUAUCCAGAAACCCAAGUCAUCAACAAGCGCCGAGUCCAUCGAGGAGAAUGCGCCAAUUCUACCCAGAGACAAGGAGGACAAGCCCAAGAAGCACGACGCUGCAAACGCGAUGCCCAGCAGCAUGGCCUUCGCCUUGCCGGUUAUGCCCCAUGUGGGGGAGACAGACACCGACACCCUGGCGGAGACGCUGACUCAGCCCCUUCAGGCUGAUGCGGGAGACGGGGAAGAAGAAGAAGAAGGAGAAGAAGAGGAGUUUGGGAACAACUGGGAGAGUAUCGUCCAGCGUUACGGCAGCCUCCCGGGCGCCCUGCACGCGAUCGAGCUAGAGAAGGGCAAGACGGGCCUGGGCCUCAGCCUGGCCGGCAACCGGGACCGCGCCCGCAUGAGCGUCUUUGUGGUGGGCAUCGAUCCCGCGGGGGCGGCCGGGACUGACGGACGCAUGCUUGUCGGGGAUGAGCUCCUCGAGAUUAAUGGACAGGUCCUCUAUGGCCAAAGCCACCAGAAUGCAUCUUCCAUUAUCAAAAGCUCCCCAUCUAAAGUCAAAAUCAUCUUUAUCAGGAACACAGGGGCCCUGGAGCAGAUGGCGGUGGGACCCGUGAGAGAAACGGAGGGAGACGCAGCCGAGUCCCGCGCGGAGGAAGACGUUGAGGUUGGUGAAAGGACCGCAGAGGACACGGUAACCAUGCAGGAAGGCCGCGCCGCAACUGUGAAUGGGGAAACCGAGGCGGCCGGUCUGCCCAGUAUGCUCGCCGUCAGCCGACCCGAAACAUCUUCAAGUCACAGUCGCUCGGCCAGCCCGACGACGCUGGCCUGCGACCCGGCCACGUGCCCCAUCAUCCCGGGCUGUGAGACCACCAUCGAGAUUUCCAAAGGACGGACGGGCCUGGGGCUCAGCAUCGUGGGGGGCUGUGACACUCUGCUGGGGGCCAUCAUCAUCCACGAGGUUUACGAAGAAGGUGCGGCUUCCAAGGAUGGCAGACUUUGGGCUGGAGAUCAAAUCCUGGAGGUGAACAGCAUCGACUUGCGCGCGGCGAGCCAUGACGAGGCCAUCAACGUGCUGCGGCAGACCCCGCAGCGAGUCCGGCUGAUCGUCUACAGGGACGAGGCCCAGUACAAGGAGGAGGACUUGUGGGACUCGUUCAUCGUGGAGCUGCACAAGAGGCCCGGUCAGGGACUUGGACUGAGCAUCGUGGGGAGGAGGAAUGACACGGGGGUUUUUGUGUCCGACAUCAUCAAAGGAGGCUUGGCGGACACGGACGGCCAACUGAUGCAGGGUGACCAGAUCUUGUCGGUCAACGGAGAAGAUGUUCGCUCCGCCACCCAGGAGGCAGUCGCCGGUCUCCUCAAGUGCUGCGUCGGCUCGCUGAAAAUGGACAUCGGGAGAUUUAAAGCGGGCCCCUUUCACUCGCAGCGAAGGCUGUCCCAAAGCAGCCAGGUUUCUCUUACCCAGAUGGAACAAACGAGUGAAUCCUGCACUUCCAAGGUGGCCUCAGGAAUCCUUUCCGGUGAUGCGGGUCAGCAGGUUCCUGAUCACCAGGACGUGAGAACGGCGGAGUUCACCAAAGGCCCCGGUGAUUCCCUGGGUGUCAGUAUAGCUGGCGGAGUGGGCAGCCCCUUGGGCAACAUACCCAUCUUCAUCGCCAUGAUGAACCCCGUUGGCCUAGCGGCGCAGACCCAAAAGCUCAUGGUGGGGGACCGGAUCAUCAGUAUCUGCGGCACUUCUACCGAAGGCAUGAGUCAUUCGCAAGCUGUCACUUUGCUCAAGAAUGCCACAGGGACAAUACAGCUGCAAGUGGUGGCGGGCGGGGAUAACACGGUGACUGGCGCAGCUCAGGAGCAGGCGGCCGGAGGCCUGCAGGUGCCCAGCUGCAUCUUCCAGGAUGACCUCAGCCCUCCUCAAUACAAGAGCAUCACGCUGGAAAGAGGUCCGGACGGGCUGGGCUUCAGCAUCGUCGGAGGCUACGGCAGCCCCCACGGAGACCUGCCCAUCUACGUCAAGACUGUUUUUGGCAAGGGGGCGGCGGCGGAAGACGGCCGCUUGAAGCGGGGUGACCAGAUCAUGGCGGUCAACGGGCAGCCGCUGGAGGGAGUCACGCACGAGGAGGCCGUGGGCAUCCUCAAGAGGACCAAAGGCAGCGUUACGCUCACCGUGCUGUCGUAGCCGCUUUGCAAACGGUCCCCCCGUGAGCGUUGACUGAAACUCUCGACGCAAUACGGUUUACAGUCAAUAGAGCCACGGGCUAAAUAAUCUGACGUCAUCAUUCCACUCCCAGUUUUGAGCACACACCGGACUUCAGAGUAUAGAGUUUAGUGCUGCUAAAUGUUUGUCAUGCAUUAAAUCAGUGUUGGAUUCACACACCCCCAACCCCCCUCCCCAACCCUUCCGAAAAGUAUUAGCGCAGACAACAGUGACACCAAGCCUGUGUGCCACUGUUUCUUUAAAGUCCCUGUAAAGUCAAAAUCAUUCUAACAUUUGUUUCUGUUUGAAAAUAAUUGCUGGAAACAUGCAAAGUAUGUAGAACUCAUUUUUUGAGCAUUAAACUGAUUCUCAUGAUUUUCAGUUUGUCAGAUUUUUUGGGGUGGGGUCGUGGUUAAAAUAGGGCUCAGUGGUGAUGCAUUUGGGGAUCAGCCAAUGAACUAACCCUCGCCCACUAUAUAAGAAAGGGGGAAAAUGAAAGUCAAACUUGUCAGCCAGAGUUGACUGCACCUUCAUCAUUUUUUGAAGCGUGAUCUGAAGAUUAUUUUCACUUCACAUGGAUUUUAACAAAAACAAAAAAUGUGUGCCGUCCUUGAUCUCAUGUCGCAUCUGUUGGCUGUCGUAACAACUUCAUUGUGACUUGAUAGGUGGCUCAAAAGAAUUCCAUUUAUUCACAGUCGCAUUCGAUUCAAUAACACGAUUAUUAUAAUAAAUUGAUUCAAUCCUUU